AUGAAAAUGAAGUUAUUAUACUGAAGGAUUCAUAAUAUUUUAAUGAAUAAUUAAAUAUCUAUUUAUACACAUGUCGUAAAGUUAAGCAAGACGGAAAUGCAUUUUAUGGAUUAUUCGCAUGUCAUAUACUUGUAACAUUAGAUUUUAUGUGCUUGAUGAUACAUGAUUUCGUAUGGCCAAUCACGGUGCAGUCAAAUGCAAGUUAUUUAGUAGCACACAAAAACGAAACAUGCAUUUGUAAUGGAUUAAAAGUAACAUAUUACUGUCAUUAAUAUUGUUGACAUUAUUCUUAUUCUUAUCAGAUUCACUUUUUAUAAAUUACAUAACAUUCUAAUGUGUAUCAAUAGUAAUGGAUUUAUGGAACUAAUCUUUAUGAGAGUGGAUUAACCUGUGGAAAAUACUUACAGUGCCAUUAUUUUGAUUUUCUUUUUACUGAUUGUAAUCAAUUUUAUUCAAAAAACCCGUACGAAUUGAUCACUGUUCAUUUACUUGACAAUAUAAAUUAGUUUAAAUAGAUCCAAAUACCCGACUAUGGCAAAUCCACUAGAUUCUACACGUAAUAAUGAUGCUGAGGAUUUAAUAAAUACAGGAGAAUUAAAUCAGGAUGAACAAAAUGUCGUAGAAAGUCUUGAGAAGAACGUUUCUUUCGCAAUAACAAGCGAACAUGCAUUGGAUGACUCAAUCGAAAACAGUAUCGAAAACGUAGCCAGAUCGUUAAGUGAACGGGACAUUGAUAACAAAAGUAAUCUUGUAGAAUCACAAAAUUUAACUCACAGUGGAUCAAAUAAUAAUUCAGAAUUGGACUAUAAACAACUACAUCCAAAUAUAACUGAGAAUAAUGAUACAAAUUCACAAAACGUCACUGAGCUUUAUGCAGACGAGAAGACACAUUCGCAAAAUAGUACCGAGGGAUUUAUAUUCAGCAGUGAUGCAGGAAUGACACUGAAUUCCGACACAAAAGAGUUCGAUAACUACUGUAAUCAGGAUCCAUCCAGUAGUAAAUUCUUUGAACAUACCUUUGAAAACAAGCAAGAACCUACAGCAUCAAUUAUUGACUUAAGUGAUCCAACUGUAACUCAUCGUGUAGAACAAUACCCUAUUAAAUCAGAAGCGGACUCCAGUAAUAUAGAUGAUCAAGUGAGUGUAAGUACAACAAAUUCUACAAACUUAGAACUUUCAGGAAUAGGUAAAAGUAAUGACAUCGUUGAUACACAUAGUUCUUUAGAAGGAACAAGUUUUUCAGGUACACAAAACGAUGAAAUAAACAACAAUAAACAUGAAACAUUAUCACGAGAAUCGUCUGAUGGCCUUAAUGAAGGACAGAUUACAAAUCAAUUUCAUGAGGAAGUACAUAUGUCUGAGGAAACUGAAAAUGACAUAAAAGUGUCCGAGUAUUUUUCACCACAAGAAGAAAUAAGCCAAACUAAAUCGAUUGCACAUUCUUCUAAUAAUGAUAAAAAUGACAUAUCGUUUGACCUUACUGUACACGAUGUUAAUAGCGAAGUUGGUGAAUAUUACAGUAAAAGUAAUACUGGUGCCAGUGAAGAAAUUAUCCAAACACUUCAUGAGGAAUUCGAAACAAAAACUGAAAGUGAUUUAUCUACUUCAAGUGAGCAAUCGAAAAAUGAAGACAACAAACACUCACACUCUCUAGAAGAACAGACUGAAAAUGCAGCAUACAAUGUACCAGAGAAAUCUCAAAACAAAGUUGAUAUUUACCAUCCAAACUACCCUACAGAUGUUGAAUUUCCCGUAGCAGAACAACGAACUACAGAAUAUGAAUCACAUCAUGAAAAAAAUGAUAACAAUGAUUUCGAGAAUAAACUUUACCCUAAUUCCAACUUUAUGACCGUAGAGCAAGAUUUCAGAACUAGUUUCAUUAGAGAUGUCAUUACUGAUAACAAGAACAAACUACUUACCGAAAGUCCGGAUACUGUUGAUAACCUACAAUCAUGUCAUUCACAAGAUAACUUACAGUGGUCUAUAAGUACUGAUUCAUCACAUCUGCAAUGUACAAACUCUUCAUUAUUAAAUUACGAAAAUCUAACUGAAAUCGAUGAAACCAAAAGUGAAACUUCACCAUCUGACAAAGAUAUGCUUCGAGAAAACGAUCUGGAAAAUGGUUCAUUAUUGUACGCUACGGAAAAUCUUACCAAUGAGUUACAAAUAGUUGAACAUUUAACAGAUGACAGACCAGAACCAUUAAAUAUCACUGCAGAUAUUCAAGGUAAUGAGUUAUACAAUGCUAAAAUACAUAAAAAAGAAGCAAUGGAAUGUCACUUGACAGAAGAUCAUUCUGAUGAUUAUGAUAGACCUAGUAUGAGUAAUUAUGAAGUAGACAACAUUUUACCUAAACAUUCUGAAGAAACUCUGGCUUCGAGGAAUGGAAGUAAUAAAAGAAACUCAAUUCCAGAAGAGCUAACUAACCACUUAAACUCGAAACCUUUCAAUGAUGCAUCCAAAGAUACAGAACUUCAUCGGAUACAUAAUGAUAUUGAUGAGAUCAGUUUGAAUUCAGAAGGUGAACAAAAGACAGAAUUUGAAAAGCGUUAUGCAGAAUUAAUUGCCAAGUAUUUACCAGUUGAGAGACAAACUAAAAAGAAUGAUCGAUCAAGACGGACCAAAACACUAGACAGAUAUAGUAAAUCUAAAUUUAAUGAGAAUAGGUAUUCAUAUAUAGAUACGAGUGAUGUUAAAAAAAGGGCUGUAACACUGGAACGCAAUGAGUUUAGGCGUAAACGACGCUUACAACCGAAACCGUCUAUUAAUGAUGAUUAUUUAUAUCCAGAUUCAGUAACACCUUCUAAGGUAGACAAAAGUAUAAGUGUACGAAGUUUAGAAGAAGGUAUUCCAGAAGGUGCUUAUGAUGUACCGUAUAUUGAUGAUGACGCUUUCUUGCCUCGAAGGUUACGUGAAAAUAGAGGUGAAGAAAAUGGAUCAGAUGAAGAUAGUAGUUUGAGUCUGGCAGAAAAUUACUGGUCAUGGAAUCCUGACAGAUUUAGUAGAUUGGAAGCCAAUCAUAUAGCUGAUACAAAUGAAUGUGCUGCUACUCCAGAAAAUCAACCGAAAUCCAAAACAUUAACAUCGAUAUUAAGUAAAAAGAAGAAACAUCAUCAAAAACAAGAUUUGAUUGCUGAACCAAGAACAAAUAUCAACCAAUCAAAGAAUAGAGGAAAAUCACUCCUUUGUGGAUGUGUUAGUAGAAAAUCGAAAAAUAGAUAACAAUAGAUGAGAGUCAAUCAACCAAGUAAACAAACAAUUCAAUUUGUAUUUCUUCUUCAAAACAAAGUUUUGUUCUUUAUUUUCCUCACAUUCAUUCACUGAAAAGUGGUAUUUUAGAAAAUUUCUAGUUUAUAUAAGAGAAAAGAAAAUCUAUCACAAAUAGUUAAGCUCUACAAUUAUUAUGUACGCAUAAAGUAAUUCAAAAGAAACGCAUACAUAACAAAGCAUGGAUCGAUUAUUGAUAAUUUCAACUUGAUUUUCUACUAGUAUAAAAAAAAACACAACUAAUAACUGAAUUCUUGACGAAAUCUCUCUUUAUUCACAACGAACAAAAAAGAAAAUGAAUUUCUACUGCAUUCUAAAUUACAAACAUGAAUAACUGGUUCGUUGAUUGCCUUCUGAUGUCAAUAAGAGAUUCAUAAUUUAAAACAAAACAAUAACUGUUUCAAACUUCCUGUAAUUUAAUAUCUUUUUCUCCUCAGCUAAAUAUUUUUUUCAACUAUUUCAAGUUUGACUUUUAUCUGUCUUAUCCACAUCUAAGUAACAACUGUUUUCCGAUUGUUUGUUUUACAGUGAAGAGUUUUUUUUCUUCGUUUAUUUUUCUUGUUCAUAUAACAAACCGCAUUAAAUAUCCGUUAUUCGAACAAAAAAAAAGAAGCAGAUAAUAUUUAUUAUACGUGACUGGGAAAUAUCUGUAAACUGAACAAUAUUUGAUAGUUUAAAUCUACUGAAUCAUUUGACUGAUUGACUGUUUGAUUGAUUAAUUAUUCCAUAAUCCAACAUUUUCGAUUGAUUCAUUUGUUUCGCUCUAUUGAACAAGAAGAGGAAGAGAAAAAGAAGGUAGAAUCAGUCAGUCAUUUCAAACAAAAUUAUCUAAUUGAUUAUUCAGUUAUUCUAUUACAUAAUUGAAAUGGUUCUGUGUUGUUAUUAUUGAAUAUAGUUUGUAAUUGUUGAUUAUUUGUGCAUUAUUUUUAAUAUUAUUGACAAUGAAAAAAAAAGUGUUUUUGUCAUCAUGAGGUUGAUUUUCAUGUCAUGCAAUAAAAGCUAUGCUGUAUUCGUGUAAUUUUACGUGUUGAGAAAACAUAAUUGAUUCAUUAUAAAUAACAGUAAUAUAUGUUUUAUUGGAAAUAA